AUGUCGCUCCCUAUCACAAACUUACUCCCUCCUCCCUCUCCUCCACAAACUCCACCUGCGGUAACUCCUCCUCGUCAUUUACUUGGCAUCCCCGAAGAGUUGCAGGAGAAAAUCUGGCGCCUCACCCUCCCCGAGUUCAGGAUGCACCGAGUAUUUAUCGAGAUCCAGUCCAGCUACGAUGAGUGGUGCGAGCCCGAGCCUGGAGACCGGCCAGGUCUGGAAGGCCUCGAGCCGCUGUACCUGGAGCGACCUAUCUACCGUUGGCGUCAGACCAUUGAAUCCCCACAGCCACCCGCUGGCCUCAGUGUAUGCAGAGACAGUCGAAGAAUCAUGCUCUCAUUCUUUCGCGAAUUUCCGCGCCGGUGUAUUCGACAGCUCGUUCAGAAUGACGAAGGACAGAAUCGCUUUCUGGACAUCGAUGCAUCAGAGGGCAACUCGAAUGUCGGUCUGUGCAACCCAGAAACAGACAUGCUCUUCGUUGACGGGAGCUCUGCAAUGUUUCCCCUCAACCUGCGCGACCUUCCUGUCAUCGGUGUAUCGGUCCAGGUUGAAGGAGUCGGAGGCGUAGGGCCUUCUCUGGCCUGUGACCAUCUCGCACGGAUCGUGGCCCCUCACUACACCCCUCGUCUGUCACACAUCAACGCGGUGUUUGCCUGGCGAAAAUGUAUUCGCGUGUCUCAUCAGCACUGCGACUUGACAGUGCCUGUCGGGAGACCCGUGGCCUGGACUGGGAGCGCUGGGCGCCUGGAGGCACACCUUAUCCAGAAUUGGGAGUUUCUCUACCACGCACACGACGAUACUCGAAUAACUACUGGAGAGCAAUUCCACGAUCAGGACGUGACGAGACUUGACGAAAACGAUACCGAUACUAACACGAUGCUUGUUCUAUCGACUAUUCUAAUGUCAUGCGAAUGCCCAAAGAUGGUAGACGUCAUGACAAAAUGGGCAGCUACUGUUACGGAGGAGCAGAUGGCUCAAUACCACCCCAAGUGA